GACCACCAAAUUCAACCAAAGGACUAUCUGGGCUCGUGCGCACCAAUUUUGUCAGAGAUGAGAGUGCAGGACAGCGUGCCGCGUACUGGGCAUGUGCACGCCACAGCGGAAUGAGUACUGCUGGGACAUGGACAACGUGCCAGUAGGGGACUGAGGACUUUAGUGGGCGGGCGGGGGAGGACGCUCAGGGGAUCCUCUCGUGUUCGCAGCACCGGUUUCACCAUGAGAGUGGACCUCCUGGCCUUAAGACUGAUGUGCUUUGCCUGGUUGUGGCCUGUCACGCAGCUCAACAGCAGCCACUUCCCCAGCAAGAGGAGACACAAGGAGCUCCGCCUCGGGGACAGCAACAAACAGAAGCAUGGCGGACGAGUGGACCUCAAGAUGAAAAAGCUGGAUAGCACAAAGUCUUUGCUAAUUAAAUCAGAGCAGCUGCUUCGAAUAGAGGACCAUGACUUUGCAAUGAGGCCGGGCUUUGGAGGUUCUGCUAUUCCUGUCGGCAUCGAUGUCCAGGUAGAGAGCAUCGACAGCAUAAGUGAAGUAAACAUGGACUUCACAAUGACUUUGUACCUGAGACAUUACUGGCAAGAUGAUCGUCUGGCCUUCCCCUCCAGCAACAAUAAGAGUCGAACCUUCGACUCCCGUCUGGUGAAGAAGAUCUGGGUGCCUGAUGUGUUCUUUGUGCACUCCAAGCGCUCUUUUAUCCAUGACACAACCAUGGAGAACAUCAUGCUGAGGGUAUUCCCUGAUGGCAACAUUCUCUACAGUGUCCGGAUUACUGUGACAGCACUUUGCUCAAUGGACUUCAGCAGUUUCCCUCUGGACACACAGAACUGCUCGCUGGAGCUUGAGAGCUAUGCUUACAAUGAGAACGACCUCAUGCUCUACUGGAAGAACGGAAACGAUUCAUUAAGGACUGAUGAGAUCGUGCUCUCACAGUUUUUUGUUGAAGACUUCCAGCCUUCUUUUGGGCUCGCCUUUUACAGCAGUACCGGCUGGUACAAUCGGCUCUACAUUAAUUUCAUUCUCAGGAGGCACAUCUUCUUCUUCAUGCUCCAGACGUAUUUUCCCACCAUGCUGAUGGUGAUGCUGUCUUGGGUGUCCUUCUGGAUAGACAGGAGGGCCGUACCAGCCCGUGUCUCUUUGGGCAUCACCACGGUGUUGACAAUGUCCACCAUCAUCACCGGUGUGUCCGCCUCAAUGCCUCAGGUGUCUUACGUCAAAGCUGUGGAUAUCUACUUGUGGGCCAGCUUCCUCUUUGUCUUUCUCUCUGUCAUCGAGUAUGCCGCCGUCAAUUAUUUCACCACAGUGGAAGAGAUGAAGAAGCUCAAGAGGGCAAAGAUCCCAGCGUCCUUCGACGCCACCCAGGCCAUGGCUUUCGACGGCUGUUUCCAUGACAACGACAUCGACCUGACCUCUUUCCCAGAGGUCUCCAGCACGGCAAACACAGACAGGAACACGCAGUCACGAAACUCCACCGUGUCGGGCCCCACGGAGGGCACCAGGCUACGCCGCAAGAAUCCUUUAAAACACAACCUCAGCUUCAUAAUGAGCAACAGCUAUAUGAUUGACUCCUACUCAAGAGUUUUAUUCCCCCUGGCUUACCUGCUCUUCAACAUCAUUUACUGGAGUUUGUAUGCAUAGCAACACUAUUUUUUUAAACCUAUUAUUAUACAUCAUAGUAAGAUGUUUUUCACAAAUGAUUGUAUUUCAAGCUACAUUGUGAACUGCAUAGUUAUUGUACAACACUGGAAAAUAAAUGUAUCCAG